AUGGGAUUAAUACGCGAUGCCAUUGGCUCCGCCCUUGGAGCCAACCAGCUUAACAAUGGCCUCUCUAGCAGACCUAGGUUGGCCUUUGGAAGUGAUAACAGCCGCAACGGCCGUCGGCUUUCAGUAUCAUCUAAGGAUCAGUCGUCAUCCUAUAGCCAAGGAUACCCCGAUUACGCGAAUCGCAGAGAAAAUCGGAGACGGUCAUCCGAUGGAAACGAAAACGAUGUUUAUAAGAACGGCAGUCGUUAUGGAGCUGAACAAUAUUCAGAUCGUCAGUAUAGGUCGUCAAUCGUUAGAUAUCCCUCUGAUCGCAUGCAACAUACACGAGAUGGCUAUGCCAGCCAGCUCCCACAAUCGCCUCCUGGUUAUGAGACUUACCCUGGCGACGGCCGAGGGUACCAAUGGCAGCCUUACGACGGAGAGCCAUCUACUGAUGCAUAUUACACCGACGACAGAGGGUUUUCGCGAGCCGCCAAUUUCUGUCCACUGGCCCUACCGCAGAUUGCUUAUGGGGACGGGCAACCUUUCCUUCGUGGGUACAGCCAGGAACUAAGACGCUAUAACAUCACUAUGGAGGACUUUAUACAAGUUGUGGACUCAAUCAAUAUCGCCAUCAUUCCCAAUCCAGAGAAUCAGAUCUUCCAGAAAGGCGCAAACAUCGCCGGGUGGUUCGUGCCUGGGGCUGCCGGAAUCGGUCUCAUGGUAGGCCAAAUUGGUGUCGGACUCGGCGCCGCAGCUGGCCAUGCAUCUCAGCUCUCUUCUGCCUUGGGGAAUGCCAAUAUGAGUCUCUUUCUGCCAAACGGCCUUGAGUUAUGUAUUGGAGGCUCAGCGAAUGUCGACGCUGAAGUCGACAUCUCACAAGGCAGUGCACAGCCAUAUUCCAUCAAUGUAUCGCCGGAGGAAAGAGUGGCAUACUACGGUGACCUUAUUGCUCCAAUUUCACAAAUUCUGCCACCACUGCAGCAGAGUGGCCGCAAUGAUCCAAUCGCCAUGCUUGGCAGAGGACUGGCCAGUCGAGAUAGUCAAAAGAAAAUGGAGAAAGCACAGAAGGACAUGAAAAAGGGAAAGAAUAAAAACAUCAAUAAUCUAGAGGGGGGCCUCAAGUGGCUUAUAGUAAGACGAGCCAGCGCGGAGGCACUAUCAUAUUGGGAGACACAUCGACGGUAG